GGCUCUUCACUCAACAGGAUAAAGGCAUGAAAGCAUGAGAAUGGAUGAUUCACUCAAAAACGCGAGAUGCAUUUGGACAAACUGUCUACAACUUCUGACACACUGAAAUUAGCAUGAUUCCACAUAAGGAGUGAAUGCUGAAGACCUCAGAGAGGAGUUGUUACCUACAUUGUGAGGAUGAAGUGAGUAUGAUAACCCCACAAACAGCGCAAGUGGAGAGAAUGGCGUAUCACCACUUAAUACCGGCCAGUCCCACUGACCUCACUAUUAGUUCGAUGCUUGGACAGCAGUCCCAGUUUUUUCCUGUUGGAUACGGGAAACAGCAGUUUGCGAACGUGCUCCAUAAGUCGAUUCGUCUGGCACUCAAAGAAGCCGCGUCUCCCGCGGACCUCUCUGUGGAGACGAGGGACCCCGGACUGGCACCUGAGGAUGACCCCGUGGUUCACCUGGAAGGCAAGGAACUGUGGGGGCAGUUUCACAAAAGCUGCACGGAGAUGGUCAUAACAAAGUCUGGAAGGCGCAUGUUUCCAGCAUUCAGAGUGUGCUGCAGCGGCUUGGACAGGAAGGCGAGGUACAUCCUGCUGAUGGAUAUAGUCGCAGCCGAUGAAUACAGAUAUAGGUUUCACAACUCUCGCUGGAUGGUGGCUGGAAAGGCCGAUCCAGAAAUGCCCAAACGAAUGUACAUCCACCCAGACAGCCCUGCUACCGGGGAGCAAUGGAUGUCCAAAGCUGUGACCUUUCAUAAGCUCAAAUUGACGAACAAUAUAUCUGACAAACAUGUGUUUACCAUAUUAAACUCCAUGCACAAAUAUCAGCCGAGGUUUCAUAUCGUUCGAGCCAACGACAUCCUCAAACUUCCUUACAGCACCUUCAAAACCUAUGUGUUUCCUGAGACAGAAUUUAUCGCCGUGACGGCAUACCAAAAUGAAAAGAUAACUCAGCUGAAAAUCGAUAAUAACCCAUUUGCCAAAGGAUUCCGAGAUACCGGAAAUGGGAGACGAGAGAAAAGGAAACAGAUGUUGCAUCAGAGGUGUGAUGUGGCACCGAAAAAAGCCAAUGUGUUCACACACGACUCAUCUUUUGACCAAACUUCAUCAAAUCCUUUAAUUCAAGAAACGAACGUCGUUACAUCAACUUCAACAGAUACAAAUGAGAGUGACAUUGAUGGAUAUGGAGAUGAGAAGGAAAGCAAUGAAGAUAGAAAGCAUUCGGUUUCUCAAGAUGAGCAAAAUUCCACAGAAAUCUCAACAACAGUGCAAGAGUCCAAGGACGAUUCAAAAGAGGAGAUACAAGGAGAAAGGAACAUAAAGGUCAUCUGCAAAAAAAAGCAUGGUGAAGAGGGUUCUGAACAUUUAACAUUGGAUAAAAAACAUGCUGAACAACACAAGUUUGCAGAUGAUGAGACUGAUGUUUCUCAGAAGGGUUCGCUCACUCGGCACUAUUACAUCCCCACUCCAGGCCUAAUUAAUUCUCUGUGUGUGCCGCCACAUGUCUUGUCAAAUUUAUGCCAGUUUAAUUAUGUUGGAACACUUCCGUUUUUGGCAUCUGAAGCAACUGGUCCUUGGUUAUCUAGAAGGUCAAAUGAAGGGGAGGGUCAAGGUUACACCACUUCAGUCUCAUCCUCACAACAAAGACUUAUUGGCAUGUCUGAUUUUCAGCAGUACAGAACAACCUCUCAGGGUGCGCUUGUCUCAGCACAUGGAAGUGUUUUAUAUCCACAGAGUUACGUGACCACAUCUGCUGCCACCUCUUCUGCUGUAUCAUAUCAGGAUCAAGCCCCCCCUAUUUUCAACGUUAGCUACCGGUCCAGAUGCAGACCUUACCCUGUGCCAAUGUGGGUGCAUGGCCGAAAAAUGCCACAAACCUCAGUAUUUGUACCAUAUGGUGAAACUGAUACAAAUGAGCAUGCUGGUAUUACAACUCCUGGAUCAACUGAGUUUAGAUCAAAUCCUAAUGAGGAUCAAAACAUACCGUGUCGAGAUCUCUAGAGAUAUCUGUACAGGAGCAACAACAAAUUCAGUUGUAAUGAUGUGCAUUAUGGUAUAUCUAAAGUCUAUGGUAUGAGACUUUAAGAUCUAUAAGAUCUGGAUUAAAAAUUAAUAUAUACUAUUUAUUCUUUAGUCUUUAUCUGCUGUGUAAAAGUGUGAAAAAUGUGUAAUAUAGCUACAUGAAGUUGCAGAGCAGCUAUUAAAUACAUUUCAUACCAUUUUUCUGUGUUUUUCUCUUUGUUUUUUUUUUAACCAUUGAAAGUAGUCAUAUGACUAAUAUACAUCUCACUUAAACAUAUUUUAGGCUAUAGGCA